AUGCCGGCCUCAGGAUCCGGAGCCUCACUUCUCGCCGACGUUUACUUGGAAGACUGCAAUCUCGGCUUCACCCCGCGAUGGGACUUCCAGCCCGAUCUUGACAAGAUGAGAAUGACGAUCCAAGCGCUUUUCCAUACCGACAACGUCCGCAUCAAACAUUUUGCUGAGGGUUGCUUCAACAAACUCUACGAAGUGCAAGUCAACGAUCAGGCCCCACUGUUGCUGCGCGUGGCGCUCCCCGUCGAUCCGCAGAACAAGACCAUGAGCGAAGUCGCGACGAUCCAAUGGGUCUCCACGAUCACAGACCUUCCGAUCCCUAAAGUCAUUCAUUACGAUGCGUCGCGCGACUCUCCCGUCACUUACGAAUGGAUCUUGAUGAGCAAGCUUCCAGGCGCGCGGAUGCAGGAGACAUGGCGGCAUCUCACCCUCCCUCAGAAAACCGACACAGUCCGCCAGAUCGCGUCUUUUAUAGCGUCUCUUUUUCGCCAAAGGUUCACGAGCAUUGGAAAUAUUUACCCGCCUGUAUACGCAAGCAAACUACCGAGGCCUGGCCCGAUCGUGUCGACUUGCUUUUUCUACGGUCUCAUCAACAAAUCCGACAUUAAGCGAGGACCCUUUCGGAACAGCAGCGAGUGGUUUGCUGCACGGCUUGAGGCGACCAAGAGGGAUGCGACAGCGACGAUGGCAAAGUGGUGUGGAAAGGGUGACCUUGCUUGCGCUGCCGUAAAGGAGAUUGAUAAUGCUGCUCGAACGUUUGGCAUCGCCGAGAGAUUGCUGCAUCUGAUCCGGUACAUUUUUCCAUGUCACGCUGAAAGAGAGACUACCGUUCUUUACCACGAUGAUUUACAUGGGAACAACAUUCUUGUCGAUGAUACAGGCAAUGUCACAGGUAUUGUCGACUGGGAGUGUGUAUCCAUCGUUCCCUUAUGGAAAGCCUGCGGCAUCCCCCAAUUCCUUUUCGAACAACCCCGAUGGAGCGAACCUGACCGCAGGCGAUACCGCCAGGACGCGAACGGCGAAAUGUCAGAACUAUACUACAAGCAUUUACACCAGUACGAAACCACGCGCUUGCGAGAUGUCUUCUUGGGAGAAAUGGAGCGGCUUGACCCGCGAUGGAUGGACAUUCAUAAAAAGACACAAUUGCUCAGGGACUUUGACUUUGCAGUGCAGUUUUGCGACGAUGUCGCCGUUUUGAAGCAUAUCGUCAAGUGGGCUGAGGCCGUGGAGGCUCAAGGGGAUGUUCCGAGGAUGUGGGAGCUGGUAUGGGCGAAUGCGCUCAAGUGGUAUUGA